AUGCCAACUGCAAACCCGAUACCAAUUACCCAAAACACGACAGUAAUCGUUCACCCACUGGUAUUACUUUCUGUUGUAGAUCAUUACAACCGUGUGGCCAAGAACACUAAAAAGCGUGUAGUUGGCGUUCUUUUGGGUCAAAAUAAUGGCAAAACUGUUAACGUUGCAAAUAGUUUUGCUGUUCCAUUUGAAGAGGACGAACGAGAUCCAUCGGUGUGGUUUUUGGAUCACAAUUACGUAGAAUCAAUGAACGAUAUGUUCAAGAAAGUUAAUGCUAGAGAAAAGAUGAUCGGAUGGUAUCAUAGUGGGCCAAAACUUCGUGCAUCUGAUUUAGAAAUUAAUGAAUUAUUCAAAAGGCAUACGCCAAAUCCAGUUCUAGUAAUUGUAGAUGUGAAGCCCAAGGAUAUUGGAAUACCAACGGAUGCAUAUUUUGCUAUCGAGGAAAUUAAAGAUGAUGGUACCGCCGCGACUAAGACGUUCAUGCAUGUCCCUUCUCAAAUCGAAGCAGAAGAAGCGGAAGAAAUAGGUGUCGAACAUCUUCUUCGUGAUAUCAAGGAUAACGCGGUUGGCACACUUUCCACUCGAGUCACAGACCAAUUAAAUUCAUUGAAAGGUUUACAAUCUCGAUUAGAAGAAAUUCGAGAUUAUCUUCAAAAAGUGGUUAAUGGCUCUUUACCUGUAAAUCAUCAGAUUAUUUAUAACCUCCAGGAUAUCUUUAAUUUGUUACCAAAUCUUAAUAUUAGCGAAACGGUGAAAUCAUUCUCUGUAAAAACAAAUGAUCAGUUAUUAGUUAUUUAUUUGUCCUCUUUAAUUCGGGCUGUGAUUGCACUUCAUAAUCUCAUCAAUAACAAGAUUGAGAAUUUAAAAGGUGAAAGUGUUCAAACUGAGGAAGAUAAAAAAGAAAGUAAUCCAUAA